CACGACGGUCCACCUUUUCGUGUGGGUAAUCGUUCGCGAGGAUCCGAGCCAAGAACGUCGUCGUCGUCGUCGUCUUUGUCGUUUCGCCAUGGUCGCCACCUUUGUCCUGCGUCGUGUCCGAGAAAUGUAAAACGUUAAUGGUUGACGCGAUGAGAAAGGAUUCCGUGAUGGGAAAUUCGUUCGUUUUGGCCAGCGAGAAACGUCGCCGCGACUAGUGUUUGUUUGGUUUGGGUGCGUGUCCAAAAGUGACGAGUGAAGCAAAGUUUUGUCGACGUAACAGCGUAAUUUGUCUGCCCCGGGACGGAAAGCAGGUGCCCUUUCCGUCGCCAUCCGAGCGAAGGGGUUGAGUUCCCUUCGAGACGGAAUCGAGGAGUGCCCGCUAGAGCAGGGAACCAAUCGCAGCAACCUUUGAUUGCCCGUUGAGAGUGCCAUUCGUUGUAUUCUGCAAGGACAACGCCUGCUGCGAUCAUCCAUCAUGGCCGUGGAUAAGACCGCCACUCGACAGAUGAUGACCAUCACAUUCCUCUGCAUUCUGUGGUAUGUGGUGUCCAGCAGCAAUAAUGUCAUCGGCAAGAUGAUCCUGAGCGAGUUCCCGUAUCCGAUGACGGUCACCAUGGUCCAGCUGACCAGCAUCACCGUCUACAGUGGGCCGUUCUUCAACCUGUGGGGCGUUCGCAAGUACGUGGACAUCUCGUGGCGGUAUUACUUCAAGUUCAUCGUGCCGUUGGCGCUGGGCAAGUUUAUGGCCUCGGUCACCUCGCAUAUCUCCAUCUGGAAGGUUCCAGUGUCGUACGCGCACACGGUGAAAGCCACCAUGCCGCUAUUCACCGUAAUCCUGUCGCGGAUCAUCCUCCGGGAGCGGCAAACCAAGGCCGUCUACCUGAGCUUGGUGCCGAUCAUCGUCGGCGUCGGAAUAGCCACCCUGACGGAGCUUUCAUUCGACAUGGUCGGAUUAAUAAGCGCAUUAUUGGCCACCAUGGGCUUCUCGCUGCAGAACAUCUUCUCCAAGAAGGUCCUGAAGGAGACGGGCGUCCACCAUCUGCGGCUGUUGCACAUUCUGGGCCGAUUGGCACUGUUCAUGUUCCUACCGGUGUGGAUCUACUUCGAUCUGUUCAGCGUGAUGAAGCAUCCGGCCAUCACAACUGGCGAUUACCGGGUAAUCGCACUGCUGUUCACCGACGGCGUCCUCAACUGGCUGCAGAACAUACUGGCGUUCAGCGUGCUGUCGAUUGUGACUCCGCUGACGUACGCCGUGGCCAGCGCCAGCAAGCGUAUCUUCGUGAUAGCGAUCUCGCUGUUCAUCCUGGGCAAUCCGGUGACCUGGGUCAACAUCUUUGGAAUGCUGGUGGCCAUCAUGGGCGUUCUGUGCUACAAUAGGGCCAAGUACUUCUCGCGACAUCAGCAACCGAAGGAGACGAUCCUGCCGUACACCAACAACAACAUCAAGUACCAAACGUUGGAGGACACGACGCUGCUCAACGGCAAGAACGGCUUCGUCAGCAAUGGGAUGGCGAACGGCGGUACGGCGAGCUACUUCCAGAAUGGGGGACCGCCGGCGCAUCACGCAAGCGGUGCGAACAAUAGCAGUAGCAGUAGUGGUACCAAUAGCAAUCUUCUGCUGAGCAAUAGCAACGGAGUGCAUCUGACGACGGUGAACGGCUCGCCGAACAAGUUGCUCUUCGUGUAACCGACCGUGUACACUAGGGCAAGCAAUCCGAGUUUAGGUAGACCUGUUUAGUUAUUUCCUCGUUUGACUAUUUAUCCUUGUACAGUUGACAAAGUUACUAGUGCUCUUAUAAUAAUUAGUUGACAGUUGACGAAGAAUGAUCUUAUCGCAUAGCGACGACCGUGACCGCUCUAGCGCGAAUAGGAAGGGCAGAUGGAGACGCUACGGAGAAGAGAAGUUAAUUUAUUUGUUUCGCUCGUAUUAUACGUUUAAGCAUAGGGUCCUCUCGUAGAGAAUGUAUUUUUUGUGCAAUCGUUUGUAUUGAAUCGAACCGAUGAUGAUGAAAAGAAAACCGACACGCAACGCAUAGUAUUCGUGGCCGGUGGUGUUUAUUAGAAGAAAUGGCAAGGACCGACAACACUACCGAUUGUGAAACAGAUUGAACGAUAUUUAGGCAUAUGAUUGCAAGAAAAAAUAUUAACAAAUAAAGGCUAUUUUAUAUAUGAUUAUCAAUGAAUCGGA